CUAACUAAAUAUAUUCUAUUUUUCUUGCAUUUUGGAUCGAACGAAGCUUCUCCCUGGUAUCUUUGUUAGGGUUCAAAUUAUUGGAUUUUACUUUGUGAUUUCUUUGCUUUCAUACUAAUUAUUUGAGAUUAAACAGUGAAUGUUUGUUAAUUAUUUCAUUGGGUUUAGAUGAGCUUUCCGAAGAAAGGAAAAAAUUGAUGAUAGAAUUUGUGUAUUGGGUGUAUUGUUUUGCUCCUUUUUCGGUCACAUUGGGAAAACUAAUAAGCAUACUUCGGUGAGACAAAUUUCUUGAGAAUGGUCCAUUUGUGGACCAAAAUUGAGAUGUAAAUGGAAAUGUGCCAAGGCUUUGAUUUGAUUCCCCCGUCCAUUUGGGUGCUGAUUUUUCCUUAGAAAUGGUUCAAGAUAAACAUAUAUGGGGCCCUUAGCCAAAAUUCUAAUGGAAGAGUUAGACAGUGAGUCAAAUGCGAUGAGUCAAAUGGAACUGACUCAGCAGGCACUUAUUUGUGGAUUACCAGAUGACCUUGCUGUUUUUUGUUUAGCAAGAGUGCCUCGAAAGUACCAUAGAAUCCUAAAAUGCGUUUCAAGAAGAUGGAGAGACUUAACGUGCAGUGAAGAGUGGUAUAACUACCGCAGAAAGCAAAAUCUUGAUGAAACUUGGAUCUAUGCUUUGUGCAAAGAUAGAUCAGAGCAAUAUUGCUGCUAUGUUUUGGAUCCCAAUUCGCCAAGAAGAUGUUGGAAGCCAAUUGAAAGGCUUCCACCUCGUAGCAUGAAGAGAAAAGGCAUGUCAAUUGAAGUAUUGGGAAAACAUAUGUACUUGUUGGGUGGUUGCGGUUGGUGUGAAGAUGCUACUGAUGAAGUAUACUGCUAUGAUGCUUUAGCUAACGCUUGGUCCGAAGGUUCUCCCUUGUCAACUGCUAGGUGCUAUUUUUCUUGUGAAGUUUUGGAUGAGAAAAUAUAUGCCAUUGGUGGGUUAGGUUCAAAUUCAAGUGACCCUCAUUCCUGGGAUACUUACGAUCCAUUGGUGGGUUGGAUAUCUCAUUCAGACCCAAAUAUUGUCCCUGAAAUUGAAGAUUCUUUUGUCAUGGAUGGGAAGAUCUAUAUCCGCUGUGGCAUAUCGUCUGUAACUUCUCAUGUGUAUGCAGUGGUGUAUGAACCAUCAAGUGGCAUAUGGCAGCAUGCUGAUGCUGACAUGGCAUCAGGUUGGCAAGGUCCGGCCGUUGUCACAGAUGGAACUCUUUUUGUUUUGGAUCAGACUUCUGGAACCAGGCUGAUGAUGUGGAAAAAGGGAACCAGGGUGUGGGUGCCAGUGGGAAGGCUAUCUCCCUUGCUCACCAGACCACCCUGUCGACUUGUAGCUGUUGGGAAGAGCAUAUUUGUUGUAGGGAAAGGUCUAAGUACCGUCAUGCUUGAUGUUGACAAAGCUGUAAAUGUGGAAGGGGUUAUGGUGAGUUCCUCUAUACCUAAAUUGAAUUCGGAUGAUGAUGUAAUUAGCUGUAAAUGUCUAACAAUUUGAAACUUUAUUUUAUUUUUAAUGAUUCCUAUAAACCUACUGGCUAUUUAGCUGCCCUUGUAAUGUGCUUCUGGUGUUAUUGUAUUUGUAUCUUGUAUUUGAAUGUCAUAUCCAAAUUAAAGUGUUAA